CCCCGCGAUGCGGGCCCGGGUGCUGCGCGCCUGGCGCGGGGCCGUGAGGGCGGCGGGGCCGCCAUGGCGGGUCCUGUUCUUCGGCACCGACCGCUUCGCCGUGACCACCCUGCGAGCCCUGCGGGCCGCCGGGGAGCCCAGCGAGGACUCGCUCGUGUCCCGGCUGGAGGUGGUGACCCUGCCCUCCCGCCUGGCCCGGGACCUGCCCGUGAGGAGCUGUGCCAGGGAGCUCCAGCUGCCUGUGCACGAGUGGCCACACACAGGACCCGUGGGGCAGUUUGAUGUGGGUGUGGUGGCAUCUUUCGGACGUCUUCUAAGCGAGGAGCUCAUUCUGCAGUUCCCGUAUGGCGUGCUGAAUGUCCAUCCCAGCUGUCUGCCACGAUGGCGUGGUCCUGCACCCAUAGUCCACACGGUGCUUCACGGGGAUAAGGUGACUGGGGUGACAAUUAUGGAAAUAAGACCAAAAAGGUUUGAUGUAGGUCCAAUUAUUAAGCAAGAAGAGGUCGCUGUUCCUCCCCGCUGCACGGCGCAGGAGCUGGAAGGGAUGUUGGCAAAGAUGGGUGCAAACAUGCUGUUAGCAGUUUUGAAGAACUUGCCUGAAAGUUUAAAAAAUAAAAAAGAGCAGCCAAAAGAAGGAGUAACAUUUGCUCCUAAAAUCUCUUUGGCGAAGAGUUGUAUAAAAUGGGAAGAGCAAACAGCUGCACAGAUAAUUCAACUGCAUCGUGCAAUAGGAAGUAUGUUUCCUUUGCAGACACUCUGGAAGGGUACUACCAUUAAACUCCUGGAUUUUGUGGAAGUGGAUAAUAUCCCUUGUUUUUCUGAUCAAAUACAAAAUGACUGUGAAGUUGUUCCUGGUUCAGUGCUGUUCCAUAAAAUGUCCCAAACAUUGAUAGCUCGCUGCAAGGAAGGCUGGGUUGGAAUCAAAACAGUUGUUUUGAAGAAGAAGCUUACAGCAGUUGACUUCUACAAUGGAUAUAUGCACUCUUGGUUCCAGCAGAAUCUAAGAACAGUUCAUCAGGAAUGCAGAUUUCAAACACUCAAACUUAGCACGGCAAAAAAGACUCUGAAAGAGAGGGGAAUAUUGGCACAGGAUAUAAAGCAAUAAAUGUAUUUUUUAAUGUCUGUUUUCCAAAACACAUCCUCCUCCAAGAAAUCCAAGCUUAUGAAUCAGAGUCAAAAACUGGAAACAACAGCAAGGUGGAAGUCAGGCUCCUGUAGAGAAUUCCUGUUGUUCCUGACCGCAGACUCUGCAGUUUGUGCUGCAGAAAUUCUAAAUCUGGCAAGUUUGCUUCCAAGAAAAUUAUGUAUUUUUGUGUUUUGCUCCCUGCUACCUUUUGCAAGUGCAAGUUGUGGAGUCACUUUGUUUUUAUUCUGUUCAGAUCAGUCUGGAAACAUUAGUAACCACUUUAUGCCAAUAGAAGGGUGGGUGGGCCAAUGAGUUUUUUGUGGGUUUGUGGGGAUAGUGGGUGGUUUUGAGAGUUUUCUGGGGCUUGCUACCUCAUCGUAUGGCAAAACCCCACUACCACAAUUUAGAGAUAAUUUUAAGCACUAAUGAUUUUUGGUUAUAAUAAUAAUAAUGGUUUUGGAUUUAAGUGUUUUAGUUAACUGGGACUCAACAGUUUCAGGAUCCAACUUUUCAGAUGUUCCAGGUCCUUAGGCAUUGGAAAAUUAGCUCUUGUUCAUUAUAACAUGAGCAAAAUGAACCAUGAGGCAUGACCCCCACAGAAAGAAUACCGUGACAAAAGUUCAGGCAAAAUAGUCCAGGUUAAAGGCUUUUAGCUAACCAAACUGGUAAAUCAAUAGCUUCUUCCUAGCAGUGACAUGAGGAAAAUUCUUUUAACUCCUUUGUGUAUCUCUCAUCCUCAGUUUUAGGUCACGUGUGGUGUGAGACCCAUUGCUGGCAGACAGUAAUCUGGCUCUCACUAAAGCCUAAAGCAGCAGGAAGAGUUUGCCUGUGUUUUUGGGAAGUUCGAGGUGGCAUGUGCCCAGAAUCCCUGUAGAUGGAGCUCGCUGCAUCCCUUUUGGGUGAAAACCAAGGACAGCUGGACAGAAGAUGGUGAAAAUCUGGUACAGAACGCCUUCAGUUAGUUGUUUAAUAGUGGAUAAUGUCUAAACCAUAUUUCAGCCAGGAUCCCAUGUACUUGUAAUUUAAUUUUUUGAUCUGUGCAGAGUUUGCUGUAAGGCUGCUUUUGCUUUCUGUGUGAGAGGUUAUAAAAGAUUAGACCAUUCUGAGUUGUUUAAUAGCUAAUGUCCUAGCUCUGAAUAUACACAGCUUUACCCAAGUCAUUUUAUGGAGCAAAGGAAGGUAAGAUUAAUUUAUUUUUUAUGGAGAAAGUCUUUGGCAUGCUAUUUUUGGCGUGGUAGAGAAGUUUUAAAUGGAAUUGGUGUUCCCCAGGCAGCUGUUAGCCAAAAUGUCUCUUUGGAAACUUUGCUUUCACCUUGCUCUGCAGGGAUUUAACUCAGUAAGUAAUGAAAAUCUGAUUAUUUUUGCAGAACAGACAAAACAAAAAUGGGGCAUUCACUGAUGAGGUGUGGAAUAGCAUGUCAGGGUUGACUCUGGAACACAGACACAGUGAUUCGAUCCCCAGUACUACUGAUGGGGUUGAGUACAGCUACCCUGGCCAUUGGAAUGGGAUCUUAGCAAAAUAAAACAGCUGUCCUCCUCUCAGAGGAGAGAGGGAAAGCAACAGAGGUAUUCACAGACCCAAUGUCCACUAUGGCUCAGUUUAACAUCACUGGGACCAAAUUACUGGCAGAACUGCAAAAUAUUUGGGCACCAGAAGGGCUCUGGUGUUGGAUAGGGAUGAUUUCAUCAUGGAUUUCAAAUAAAUGUUAGUAGAGGGAGUGAUAUUUCCUAGGAUGCUGGUGACUCACAAUUAGAUGCAUCUGUUUCAUGUUCCGCAACCUUACUACUCCCCCUGCUUCCUAGGAAACCUCUUUAUUCCUGUUUUCUGAAUACAUUACAAAUAAAUAAAAAGUAUAAGUGACUAAUCAGAGAAGUACUUGAGCCUUUAUAAAAAGUUGUUUGCAAAAUCCCCCAAUAAUUUGCUGGUUGAGGCCAGACAAGAAUAUCUCUCCUUUUGUUUAUCCUGUCUGCUAGUGUCCUGAUAGCUUCUGGGAAGCAAUAGUUUCCUUCAAAAACAGGAGGGAUAGGUCACUGGAUUUAUCUGCGGAUUGGAAACUGAGCGAUCUUAAUGGGAGAUGCUUUGCCGUUAGCCACAAACCUGCCGAUGUUUAGGAGCCAGGUCUCCUUCUUCAGCCUGUUCCUCAAGGUUGGUGGUCCAAAGGCUAAGGCCAAGGGAGGAGCAGAGUCCCAGCCUUCCCGCAUUCCUCCAGCUGAUGCUCUCUGAUAUGUGGGAGUGUGCACUGGGUUUCAGGCUGCAGAAAGGACACUGCCAUGCACUGACCAUAAACACAAGCUGGAGGAGUCAGAACUGACAUUGAACUGGAGCAUAAAAUUUGUGUGAGUAGCAGAGGCCAGGACCCUGCUGUAGCUUUGCUCCUAUAUAAACUUUUCUUAACGUAUUUGGGAGAGUGGCUCAUCAGUAAUGGUGAAGUGUUAGCACCGAGUGGUUAUGUCAUGGUUGUUUUCUGUUGGUAGUGCUUAAGCACCCGUGUUUGAAACCUCUGUCUUGCUCUGCGUCCAACACAGUCUGCCAGAAGCCUCCUGGGAGAGCUCAGGGACUCAGUGAGUGCACAGAUUAGUUUGUUCCUCCAAGUCAGCGCUAAGCUGCAGAGGGGGACAGUUUGGGGAAACUUGGAGAGCUUCUGGCUGUUCCAGGCUGUAGGGCCGUGACUAUUUCAGGGCUGUUAAACACACAUUUCUCCCCAGAAGGAAGAGCCCUGUAGUCUGCUGUGUUUGACUGGCAAGCCCACAUGCAGCACAGGGAUCAGAUCCUGAGCCUGCUUUCAUCCAUUUAUCUCCUGGGUUUGUCUGUAGAAGUCAUUUGUGUUACUUCACUCUCAAAGUGAUGAAACAAAGUUUGGGAUUUGGCUGUCUGUCUGCAGAGGAGGAGGAGAGCAGAGGGAAGAGACAUUUCUCUGCGCAAGCCAAGAGCUCUGUGGGAAGGUCCAAGCUAAUGCUCCCCACUGGCUGCCUUGGCUCCAGCUCCUGCCAAGCCCUUGCAGCAGACUAGACACAAAAGAAAACACACUGAGUCUAAAUUCAUUGGUAUGAAGAGGAUGUGCCAGAGUAUUCCACAGCUCUUUCUUUUCUGCUUUUCUUUGAUAACUGUCAAUUUGCAUUAAAAAGGGGAUUUCUAAGGGUUUGGUUUUUUUUUACCUGUUAAGGCAUAAUUCAGCCUGUCCUGUGUCAGACCUGAGAACAAGCUUGCUAAACACUAUUGAAAGAUUCCCGAUGCCCUUGAUGGGCAGUGGGUAUGGCAGCAUAGGCCUAGCACUGGCUUCGUAUCCUUAGGAGGGAAUUAGGUAGGAGAGGGAAAUCCGUGUUGGAGCACGUGUUUGAAUUCCAGUUUGCAUCCAAUUGCACUGCCCACCUUUUUAUGAUCUCUCUUGAUGGGAGUUUUGGUGUCAGAGACUUGCUGGUUCGUCUGCACCCCAAAAGUUUAUUUCCAGGGUUUGCCUGUAAACACGAGGUGUCUUCUGUGCUGUGAGGUCCUUGAUUUCACUCUAGGAAGGGUGGGGGGUUGAAAGGACAAUUUAAUAGGUCACUUGGAGAGGGAUCACUGACCCCUUCUGUGGCCAGCUGUACCUUCAGCUAAGAGCAGCUUCUUGCCAGCUCCUUAUGCUCACUGCUGCUGAGUGUGGAGGGAAGCUCAUCUUCUCCCUAUCUCCGCCCAGCACCGCUCUACAUUGCCUGGUUUCCUGUCAUCCUUAAAGCACAAAUUCCCAGCCCUCCUUUCCCUCCAUCUUGUGCCACUCCUUAAUUCAUCCCUGCCCAGACCUGCUGCUCUGAUUCUCCCAGUACCAUUGCUGACUCUCCACAUGUCAAGCUGGGGAGAGAUUCCCUGACUGCAGCAUGCCAUGGCCAAACCCUGGAGCUGCAGGAGAACCAGGCAUCCACAAAACCCCUCACCCAGAUCCAGGCUCAGU